CGUUAUAACUUGUGUAAGAAAUCAGUUUUAGGUUUAGAAGGAUAUUUAUUGCAUCUUGAUAAGAACAAAUUUUGAUAUUCGCUGCUGAUAAUGGAUUUAGAAGCCCAACCUUCAAAUAAUUGUGAGCCGGUUACUCCGAUGCAGGAAAUAAACAGGGCUUACGAGACGUUCAAAUUUGGAUGGUUUCACGUGAAGCUCUUGAUUGUGACCUUCUUCGGGUGCGUAGCAAGUAUUCAGGUGACGAACAGCACGGCAUUCUUACUGCCAAUAGCGGAGUGCGACCUCAAUAUGAAUCUCAAGCAAAAAGGAUUGUUAACAGCCAUGCCUUUUUUUGGUAUGUUCAUAUCAACAAUAAUCACCGGUUUCCUAAUAGACACUUUUGGACGGAUCAUCUUCCUGAGAAUUGGUUUCGCUGGAAUAUUCUUCUUUACACUGCUGUCUGCUUCUAGUCAAACCUAUGAAAUGCUGGCAGCUUCUAAACUCUGCGAAGGUAUACUGUGAGUUUACUGGACAGAUUUUUUUUUAUAUUUUU